AUGUUCAUGCAGGACGCUCCUUUAGCUCGCAUCGACGAGACUGAUCAAGCCUUGUUCUUCACAGCUACAAAGACGACUCCGUCUGACCGUGCGUUGGCCCCUCACCUCGCCGUUAUCACUGCCCAGCUCUCCGGCACCUUUCUUCGUGGUCCACACCCAGGCAUCGUGUGCUAUCGAAGAAACUUCUUCCAUGUUCGAGGCAACAUUGUCUUCCAGUCGGCUACCAAGUCACUUCUCGCAGCAACUCCCAGAGGAGACUCGCGCCACAUCCAUAUAUCCGCAAGCCUGUCCGCCGUGGAGAGUACAAAUGGAGAUCAGGUGGCCAUAAUCGCGCUCCGGAGGGGUGCACAAGAGGCCUCUCCAUCGCUUGACACGCAGAUUGUCGCGCCAAUAGACAUGGAUGUCGAACCCUCCAGUGGUCUUUCAACUCCAAUAUCCUUUUCCUGGUCCCGUCUUCAAUUCCGAGCAGCUACUGCGAAAGGCGGUCGACGGAAGGAAAAGGCACCGGAGCAGAGCUUCCGACUCCAACUUCAUGUGUCUGCUUGGAUAGGAGAUGCUUCGGAAGUCUUAUUGGCUGAGACAUGCUCGGCGCCCAUCAUUGUUCGUGGGCGGUCACCUGGUAACUACACCUCGACCAGCAAGAUAUCGAAAGAUAAUGCAGGUCCUGUGGCCCCUUGCGAGAGUUCCUCCCAGCAUGCCACGAGCGAGCAGCCCCAAAUUGCUCGUGAAAGUGCUGCUCGAGCUAUGAGCAUCUCAAACCUAGAGAUAGACGCAGCAGGUGAACAGCCUCCGGCCUCUACAAGCUACGAGGAUUUUCUUGAUCUCGGUACUCUGGAGUCUUUGAUAGAACCAGCUGGCGCUCCACCCGACCUCUCCGCUGUCCAGCUUGGGCACGAUGACAGGUCUCCAGGACUGUUAUCAAGCCUCAACUUGACGAAUGCAGAGUACCUCGAAUGGGUGGAUAGCGGCGAUUUUAUAUCGCCUACGUUCACACCUCAAGACUUUCUCCCUUCAACUGACUCCAACGCUGAGCUCCUCUCGACAAUUUCUUUCCACCCAGCAGAUUUUACCGAUGCGAGGACAGAUCACCAGCACGACGACCUAUUUCCAGAUGACACAAGUGAAGAAUCAUAUUCUUAUACUUACAUUCCUCUAGCAAUGGACGAUCGCACACCUCCUGUCCAGGCUGUCUAUGUGGGUGCCCAGCUCGUGUUCUACGAAGCCGAUACUGACUGCCAUCCAGCAACCGCAUGGGGCACACCAUAA